AAAUUCUUUUCUCAUGAAGUGAAAGUAGGCCUACAGUGGGCGUCGCGCGUUUUGUCAACAUUGGACAGGUCAAAUACUAGGCCUACAAUUCUACAUAAGCAGUGUGGAUGAUUCCUGACCUUUGAUAGUAGAUAUAAAUGUCUCGAUGGUUAUCGGGGAAGAUUCAGAAUUCCGUAUUAUCAGACAGCCAGAUGUCUCUUCAUCAAAAAGCGCCAAACUUGUGCUGUUUUUCGGUUGGCUGAACGCUAGUCCACGCGCUGUCCAGCGCUAUGUGGAUCUGUAUCACAACGCAGGUUAUGAUUUCAUGUACAUUCCAGGUCAUGUGACACACUUUGUGUGGCCCGCGAACUCCGUGAAGCUAGCCAGGAGGUUAUUGGAUCAUGUCGAUACACUUGCUGAAUGCAAUGCCUUCUUGGUUCAUGCCAUAUCUAUCGGUGCAUACAACUACACCAGCUGCCUGAUGCUUCUCCAGGACAGCCAGGACCGGUACCGGUCCUUUAGGGGCCGGAUACAGGGAGUUAUAUUUGAUAGUCUGACCAUCGGAUCCACAGAGAGGAUGAAGACUGGGGUGAAGCACGGACUAUCUCAAAACCCGGUGCUCCAAUUCCUUAUCCCUCGUCUUCUCAGUCUAUACUUCUGUUUGACAUAUAGGCACACUCUCAAAUUUUUUGAAACUGGUGUAAAAGUAUUUUCCGAAUUCCCGUUGAGAAUACCUACACUAUUCGUAUACAGUCGGAAUGAUCCUAUGUGUGAUGCAGAAAAUGUGGACGUUAUCAUUAGAAAAUGGCGAGAAGAUUUCAAAAUCACUCAUGUUUCUUUUGUAUGCUGGACCAAAUCUAAACACGCUAUGCAUAUAAAAGAACAUAACAAUGAAUAUCUAGAGGCUUUUAGUGACUUUAUGAAAUGUGUUGAGGAUGAGAUUAAAACCUCACCGUGUAAAUCUAAACUGUAAUGCAUCUCUUUUAAAUGCGAGGCGUGUUUUACUGCAUGUACAGUGCAUAUGGAUAAUUAUGAUGUACAUUACAUUAUUUUUUCAAAGCUACAUGUAUGUACAGUACGGCCAUCGCGGAUCCCGUAUUAGACCGCGGUAUGUUAAUCCUUCCCGCGCUAAUCCUCCGCGGGAUUUCAUCGCGGGGCAGAUUUACACCGCCACGGUGUGAAGUACCGUUAUUUUCCUAACAGGGACAAACUAACUACGAUAGCUAUUUUAUUCGUCGGCAGAAAAUGAGUACGGCUUGCUUAUGGCCAGCUAUUUCGCAUUACAUACCGGUAUAUUAAAUAAAUCAUUUUAGAAAAAAGAAAAAGAAAAUCAGGGACCUACUAAAACCAGAUGUACUUAGGAUUUAGCAUAUUUAAUACACCUCCGAUUUUUUUAUUCUAAAAAAAAACCCAAUACAAAACAUUUUAUUUAUGCUACAUUUAAUGAUAAGGAUUAGGAGCUGUGUCCUAAUAUUUUUUACAGUGAAAAAAUAAUACAAAUAGAUCUACAAAUGACCGUAUACGAGUGCAAGAUUAAUAUGUUCUGCCUGUUUUAAUGGCGUUUGUGUAGACUUCGAGAAUUGGUUCAAAAAUUUAUUAAUAACAAAAUAUUAUUUUGUAUGUUUUAUGAAUAAAAAAAAUGUAAAUUUUAUAUUAUGCUAAAAGAAA